UAACAGUUAGCGUCGGUAGGUUCAAGAACAUAUUGGGCUUUCACCUCCUCACCAAAGAUGAGCAGCUACGACUCCUUAGCUCUGAGUCACUUUAAUAACAGCAAUUUUGGUAAAAUGAAGGAAAGUUCGACGUUUAAUCAGGUGAUGAAUUAUAAAGCCACCAACAUACAGAGAAUUAUCCAGGUGGUGCACAGGAUGGCUCUCAAGAGCUGCAGAAGAGCCUGUCAGCUCUUCUGUUGUCCCAUAGACUCUAUGUUGUGUGAAAGGGUCACACAGUUUCCAGCUCUAAAUGAUCAGUCUACCAAGGAGAAAACUACACAAGCAGCUCACCAGGGUCCUCCGUCUACAAUUAUGAUUGUGAACAUUAGCAAUUCCACCUUGGUCAACUGUGCCAUCGGGAACGACACCUACCAACCUAUGGUGGCAGAAAGUCAGCCUUUAAUGCAGGAAUCUGAGCUCCAAAUGUAUGGCCAGGUGAGGUGCAGCUGCGGCUGUGGAAAGCACGGAUCAGCACAGACCUCUACUCCUCCUCCUCCUCCUCCUCCUCUUCCACUAACAGAUCCUUCAAACAUCAGCAUCCACGGCUCCCGUCUAAACUUUGUCAUUAUUGGUGAUAACAACUACAUGCAUGCUGAGCAGUGCGAGGCUUUGGACACACAGAGCUGAUUGACUGCACACUCAAGCAACAUGUUCAUCUCUGGCAAGAUAACCUCAGCUCAACACAAUUCCAGUUACUUUUUUAAUACUUUGGAUUUGUCCCAGUUUCUUGCUCAAGUACAUCCCAAACAGAUUGUUUUGGCCGAUCAAACUGAUCCAAACCCCUAAGAUAUUCUGUUUAAUAUCACAGCUAUAUCAACUUAUUGUUUCAGUCGUCAUUUUUUCAUUUUGACUGAUAGCACUGUAAUUGUUCAGUGGGACUUUUUUUUGCUUUGGUCUUGGUGUUGACAUGACCAAACACUUGCCUUAGCACUGACAUUUUUGCACGUACUGAUUUAAAAAACACAACCAUAACUCACCACAGUGUUGUAACAGCUCAGUAUGUACACACAAACGUCAGCUCUCCAAACUUAUCCUGAAAACAAUUCUCUUGUGUAAAGGGGUUUCCCAUUGUGCAAUGUCGGGCUUCUGUCAGAUGUGAGGACAAAGUUGGGAGCAUUUUUAUUGCCUUAAAUUCCCUCAUGGAUGUGACUUUGUAGUGAGUCAUCUUGUAGUGAUCAUCUCAUCUCCCUGUAAUUGUUGUGAGCUAAUAUGCUGAUUGAUGUUAUUUAUGAAAGGGAAAGAUAAGUUGCUGUGGGAUUUAUUUUAUUUACUCAUGAAAUGUACAUUGUGUGACUACGUGAACAAACAGUAUUGAAAUACUGUGUGUCUGAAAACUUUAUCAUGUCAUGAUAAAGGCUUUGACUUAUGUCCAAAUGUAUGGCCCAUGGUCAUUAACAGUACAUUACUUAGUAGUGCUCAUUGCUGAAAGUCAAAUUGACUUCUUGCGUUUGUAUAUUUGGUGUUUAAUCUUAUUAACUGACAGCUUGACAUUUUAAUUCAAGUCAAUCUGUGCAUUAAAUAUGGAAUAAGAGGACUUCUAAUUAAGAUGCUACUUUUUUGUACCAUGUUACCUUCACUCAGUAUUCUAUGUUUCUGAAUCUUCUUAAAUAUUGUAUGAGUCUUUACUUUUAUUGCAUACUGUAUGUUUGACAAAAACAUGUUUUCUCAAUUUUAGAUAAAGAAUAAAGAAUAUAAGACUUUGA